GUGGGGGUGGAGACCUAACGGUAGAGAGAGCUAUGUUUCUCCGUCGCUGUCACUCUUCUGCUCCUCUGCAGCGGGUUAUCUCACCACCAACACCAACAGGGAUCUCAAGAAAAUAACCCACUGAAAACCUAUCAGGAUGUCCCGGGAAGAGCAGGCAGUGGCUUGUGCCAGGAAAGCCUUUGAAACAGGCAGGUCCAAAUCGUUAGAUUACCGGAUCUACCAGCUGAAGAACCUGCAGCGGUUAUUCACUGAGAAGCAGAAAGAGAUUGCAGAUGCCAUCAAGAAAGACCUCAAUAAGAGCGAGGUGGGGACCCAGCUGUAUGAGACUCUGGGCCUGGAGGGGGAGAUCAGCCAGGCAAUCAAGAAGCUGAAGGAUUGGGCAGCCCCUCGGCCGGUGGAGAAGAACGUGAUGACCAUCGCGGACACCGUCUACAUCCAGCCACAGCCGCUGGGAGUGGUGCUUAUCAUCGGGGCCUGGAACUACCCCUGGGCGGUCACCAUCCAGCCGCUCAUUGGAGCCAUCGCCGCUGGUAAUGCAGCGGUGGUCAAGCCCUCUGAGGUCAGUGCUCACACGGCAAAGGCCAUGGAGCAACUGCUGCCGCUUUACAUCGACAAAGAGCUUUACCCUGUAAUAACCGGAGGAGUGCCAGAGACCCAGGAGCUGCUGCGCCAGAGGUUCGAUCACAUCUUCUACACCGGCAACAGCAUGGUGGGCAAACUGAUCAUGGAGGCUGCUGCCAAACACCUGACGCCCGUCACCCUGGAGCUGGGUGGCAAGAGCCCCUGCUACAUUGACAAGAACUGUGACAUAAGCAUAGCCUGCAGGCGUGUUACCUGGGGAAAGUACACUAACUGUGGUCAGACCUGCAUUGCCCCAGACUACAUCCUUUGUGAGCCCAGCAUCCAGGACCGGGUCAUCGAAGAGGUCAAGAAGUCCAUUAAGGAGUUCUACACAGAUGACCCAAAGACCUGUCCUGACUACGGACGCAUCAUCAACCAGCGCCACUUCAAGAGGAUAAUGGCCAUGGUGGAAGACAGCACCAUCGCUGUGGGAGGAGACAAUGACGAGUCAGACUGCUACCUGGCCCCCACAGUUCUGCGGGACGUGAAGCCAGAGGCGAAGGUGAUGCAGGAGGAGAUAUUUGGACCUCUGCUUCCCAUCGUGUCGGUCAGCGGCCUGGACGAAGCAAUCCAGUUCAUCAAUAAGAGAGAGAAACCUCUGGCCCUCUACGUCUUCUCACAAGACAAAAAGGUAAUACAGAGAAUGACAGAUGCGACGUCCAGUGGAGGACUGCUGGCCAACGACUGCCUUGUGCACUAUUCUGUCAGCUCUCUGCCUUUCGGAGGAGUCGGAAACAGUGGUAUGGGUUGCUACCACGGCAAGUUCAGCUUUGACCAGCUGAGCCACCUGCGUGGUUGUCUCUUUAAAAAGCUGGAAAUGGAGGGUGUGAACAGCAUGCGGUACCCACCUCACACACUCAAGAAGCUGGGCUGGGCACGCUUCUUCAUCCUAAAGAACAUAGACCUGGGCUGGAUUGGACGGAUGGCGCUCUUAGCCGUCAUGGCUGUAGUGGCUGCUGUGGUGCUACACAGAUAUCUCCUUUGAAGACAUCCCGCUGCUCCCAACAAGCCUGCUGUUUCCUUGACCCUCAGGACCAGAGAGAAGAAUAUAUAUCGUAUAGGAAUCAGAUCAGCACCUGCUCUGCUGUAAUACAGGAAAUGUUCAGGUAGUUGCCUUAAUCUCAGUAACGAUGUCAGACGUUUCACGUAGCUCGCUUCUUAUUUUAAUGAACGUAAUCGAAGGUAUGAAGGUACAGUGUGGCUCUUCCAUUUGUGUUCAGCAUUACUACGUUCCAUUUUAACCCGUUAGACCAGGUUUGCAUACCUAAUAUAUAGUCAAUAUAUAUAUAUAUAUGAUAAAUACACUAAAUAAUUUUAAAUGAAGGAACAAAAUGUGUAACAUUGCUAUAAGACUGACAGUACAAUGUGAGUUUCUUUUUUUUACUGUGAUUUGAACAAUAAUUGUAGCAUUUGCUAACAAUGUUCACUGAAAAGUUAGUAAAGUUUAACAAAUGUAAUGCAAUUUCUUGUCACAGUGAAAUUGUUGUUAUUGUUUCGUAGGAGUUACCUACAGUUUAUUUUGUGUCCAUUCCAUUUCAGUAACAGAUAAGCCAUUAACUCAACGUUCAACCUGAAGUUGCUUGAUAAUUUCUGUCCAGUGUGAGUUUGACGGUAGAGAUGAAGAUAUUAUGUCAGUCAGUCUGUCUUUGAGACUUCAAUGUUCAUUCAUGGGGGUUUUCAGUCCGUCCGUAAGUAGACUACAGUCUGUCAGAAUCAGACAGGAUAAUGUUAAGGAUGUUUUUUUAUUUAAUUUUCUUAAAACACCAAAAGCCUGUAACAAAUUUAAACAGCCUCGUCAGUUGUUUAAUAAUCUUUAAACAACAAUAGUUGCUAAAUGUUGGUAAUUAAUAGUUGAAUAAAUACAUGUAUUUCUAUAUUGGAUUAAUAUUCAAAUAAAUAUAUUUAUACAUGUA